CAUCGAUGCAUGUCUAAAAGCGUAAAAUCGACAGGUGUCCAUUGCGCCUCGUGUGCUCUUAAUAUGUAACCUGCUUUGCCACCAGCGUACGCGGUAUGUCAGUAGCAGGUCAAAACCUGCAAGUUUGUCGUUUAAGCGCCUAAAUUUUACCGCGAUAAACAGAGUUGGAAGGCCAGGAAAGCUGCGAAACGACAUUCUAACCGCCGUUGGCUUUGAAAUAUAUUUCAAAUCCGGAAUCCCGUUUCGAAAAUCAACGUUCGCUGAGGGUUUUAUCCGCAAGGUUGUAAAACGACGUUAGGUUUGAUCGGACACUCGCGUAGGCAAGUACGGGUGGAAAACACAGACUCUCGCAACAUGGAAACGGAAAGAUUGAUAAAGGAUUACGAGCAUCAGGAAAGAAAACGCAAGGGUGCACACUUGGAGGCGAUAUUCGAUAAGGCUGUCAAGAAACCCAGCCAAGUUACGAACGAAAAUAACAACAAGGACAGGCCGGUAAAUAAAUACUCCAUGGAAUUGGCGUCCAUGAGCAGCCCCGAAAUCCCUCCUCAUACGAGCGCGUUGGAAAUUGCUGGAAAAUCGCCUGUCAACCCUACAAACCUUUUGGAAAAUAGUGUAAACGCGUUGGUAAUCAGUGCUAGCGAAUCUCUUGGGAACACCGGAAAUCCCAUGGGAAACACCCGAUGCUCCCCCACGAAUAGCAGAAGUCCCUCGGGUGUCGGUGUAAGUCCGUCAAGGAGUGCAAGGGGUUCUAUGGAGAAUCGUAUGGAACAUUCUAUGAACUCCUCGGGGAUUUCUCGAAAUCCUUUGGAAAAAUCGCGCAAUUCCUCGGAGAAUACACCACGCAAUGUUGCAUACCAUGACGACCGUGAUUCGAGUUGUACGACGCGAGAAGCGAGGGACGAGACCUCAGAUAAGCAGGUCAAAGAAAUGAAUGGUGGCCAUUACCCUGGGUUUAAGCCCAUUGCACCGUCUAAUACGGACUUUAAUGCUACCAAAGAAGCUGGGAUUUCCGAGUUUCAACCAACUGUCACCGUGAAACAGGAAAAGCCCGAUGAAGCAACUCCGGUCCAAGUGAUGCCCGUUCAGAACAAACUGGUCGAGAAAAGCUCUGGUCGGGUAGACAAUGCAGAUAUCGGUGAAGACUGUUUAAAGUUUUUGUUGUUUUCAGGAAAACUGUAUCAUUGUGAAAGAAUAUCAGAUCUCACUCACAGUUUUUCAAGAUUUAUUGGCGACAGUGUUCUGGGAAGAAAAGGUAAGGUCGUGGUUCUACUUCUCUUUCAUAAAACGCUACACGAAGUACUAAACUACGUAGUGGGCGUGGUGGAUCACUAUACCCUGGAAGAACACAAUAUCAUCAUCAAAAUCAUUAAACAUCACUCCUAUCCAACGACGACCUCGAUUUCCACAAAGGAGGUGCAGAAAAGCACAUCAAAACUCGUGGUUGGAACAAAGAAGCUCCUCUACAACCUUCAGUCACUACACGGGCCUGUUUAUGGGGAACUUGUGAAAAUUUUAGACGGUUUUGGGGCAAACUCUGCUGUGGAUCAUGCGAAAAUAAGCGAAUUUAACGCCAUGGUUAAUGCAAAUGCCGAUAGAAUGGAUGGCCAAAUCUCGAACAUUCUCGGCAAGGGAGCAAUGUCGUAUAGGAGCAGUUAUACCAAUAGGAAUUUUGUCCCUGUGACUUACAGUCCUAUUGCAUCUAGGCUACCUCAAAGCAAUCCUAGGUACAGCCCCCUGGCAAAUCAAAUUAGUAAUACUACUCGGUAUUCACCUGAAAAAUCGCACGGGGGGUCGACGCACGGAAUCUCACACGAUAGAUCGAAGACGUCUGAAGUGGAAAUCGACAGCGGUUACCAAAGAAGAGUGAACACGUCAUACUUUAGAGACGGGCAUCACGUGAACACUGUGUCGGCCAAUCAGACUGUUCGGAUCACUCCUCGAACAGCCAGCAGCAAUGUCGAUCAGUUGCGAAGCGUAGCGGCGAUGCCUGUUGUGCCAAGUGCUCGAUUUCGUUCGGCGCUAGAAGAUGGAAGUCUUGUCUCGCAGCGACGAAAUGUUGAAGAUCUCCAAACUGUGGCAGAAUUAUGCAAAGAAAAAAUGAAACGGGAUAUGGCUGAACAAGAAUUGAAAUCCAUCAAAGCUGCCUUUGAGGAAUUCAAAUCACAGAUGCAGCAGCAUCUUUCCCAAGUUGAGGAACGCAUGGUUUUGCUUGAAGCUGAGAACCGAACACUCAAAGGUAAACUUUCAAACAUGCACCAAAAUAAUGGUUUUGCUGAAAAGAAAUACCACGAAUUACGCAGUCAACUUGAAGAGCUUUUGAAAUCGACAUAAAGAACUUAAUUAGGGACAUUGAUUCAGGAAUCCUGGAGUAGAUCCCUGCUAAAAGUUGUAAAAAUAUAGUAUAUUAAAUGCAGGUAUAUUGUACUCUUUUUCGUUUGGGUAAAACUUUAUAAACUGGCACAAAGCGCCAACCCGAUUAAUUCAUCAGAUUUAAUAUUGCUUUAAAAGCGCCAGUUCUAACAAUAUUUAGUGACAUAAUUUUUCAAUUAUGAUCUACGAUUCAAUGCAGCUGGUUAUAGGCGUUGUAUACAACUGGCCGCAAGACAAGUGCCAACUUAGUUGACUUCUUUCUUGUUUAUUUUGUAACUGUUCACGAUGUUUACGCAUCAUUGGCAUUGCGCAGCUGGCAAUUAAAAUACAACAGCUCCACAACAAUAGUGAAAGAGUUAUUUAAAACAUUUCUUGAAACCAAGAUGGCAGCCAUUCAAACCACUUAUUUUAAAUGCACUGUGUCUAAAACUCAAUUGCAAUGGUACGUACAUUGUACAUAGAAUAUAAAUAUACACAUGAAUCAGGUUUAUAAAAUCAUUUUUAUGAAUUGCAUCCAGCACAGAUGUGGUGAAAAUUGUUUUUGAAGACACCUGUGCAUCGUUUGUCAGCAGCAGUUUGGCGGGUAGAAGUGAAACCAACAAUGUGGGAUUUUAACGGUUUAAGAUUUGAAUGGAUUUAGAAAUAGGUUCAGAAAUAGGAUAUUAAUAGCAGUUCGCAUUGUAUAUUUGCAACA